UCCUCCGUCUCAGUGGAUGUGUGUACAUGCAGGUGACGCGACGAAAAUAUUUGACCUCGCCACCAGAAAAUAUUUCAAGUGAUCUGUCAAUUGACGAUCAUUUAUAUUCGAAGGCGACCAUAGUAAAUUUGGAGAGAUCUUUUAUAUUCUGCAAAGUAAUUUGUAAACCCCGAUUGAUUCUUAUAAAUUUGUGAUGAUUAUUUAAGAGAAAACCAUUUGCAGCGAAAAUGGGUAAUCCCGGAGACGAGGUCAUAUCGUCUGGGUUUUUCCAAUUCUGGUUGAUGUACACACAUUAUACACACAUGCACAGCUCCAACAAUGGCGGAAUCGGCGCCGCUGUCACCAAUUACGUCGUCAUUUUCAUGGGAUUUUUCCUGUUCAAGUGAUGAAAAUAAUGAAGCGAAGAGUUUAACGGAUAAAUGGAGUUUUUCCGCUGUUACUGUUAGUGAUAUUAGUGAUGACGCGAUCGACGAACCGAAUUAUAUGGGUGGCCUGUAUGAAAACCUAAACUGUCAAUGUUCCUCGCCCUGUGCUUUGCAAAUUUCGCCAGUCCACAUUAAAGAAAUUCAGAAUGACAUCGCAGCCAAGGGACGUGAAAGUAGAAGACAAUAUUUUUUAGACUUAGUAAGGCAGCAGCUUGGUAGAAUUGGUUCAGUGUUUGUUAUAAAAGGGUGUCAGUUGUGCCUAAAGGCAUGCAGUAGUGUGCAUGGUAUUUCUGAGAAGUAUCUUGAGGAUGUGGUUAAGGAUGUGCGAUCAGGACAUAGAAAUGCACAUGAUUUUAGAAAAUGGUCUAAACGACUAUCAUAUAAAACAGGCCUGUGCAUGGCCUGGGUUAGGGACUUCUUUCUUGUAAUGGGAGAACACAUGCCAAAUAAGAAGGUUACCUACCUUCCGGGCUACACAAAACGCUCGGUUUUCCGACGGCUUGAAAGGUCAUUUCGAAAGCGGUAUGGUGACAUAGCAGAUGAGCAUAUCAUCACAUAUCAGCAUCUAUGCAGUGUCUGGAAGAGGGGGGAUGGCCCUGGAAGUGUGCGCCUCAUUUGUGGAAAACCUGAUGGGUUCACAAAAUGCACUACAUGCACUCGACUGCAUGAUGCUGCCAAAGCGGCAACAACACAAUCUGUUGUUAUCCAUGUUGAGAAAUCUCUUGAGCUACAUUAUAAGACUGUGGGUGAUUUGCGCCUUGUUUAUCACAAGACUCGAGAACAGUCGCAGUCCCCAAUCUCCCGAACCACAACAGUUAUCAUCGAUGGGAUGGAUCAAAAUAAAACCAAUCUACCGCAAUUUUCUGACCACAGAAGAUAAAACAAGCAAGGGUCAGAUAAGACUGAAAACGCAUAUCACAGGAAUAAAAAUUCACUGUUCGCCUACCGAGGACACAGAUUCCGUCAUCGCAAUAGUUUACGUUGAUGUCAAUGAGUAUCCUCACGACUCCAAUUUGACCAUUUCCAUCCUGCUUGAUGUGCUGCUAAUGCACCACCGCAUCUUUAAACCCAAACUCCAUCUACAAAUGGACAAUUGUUGGAGGGAGAACAAGAAUCGCUACAUUCUUUCAUUCUUGUUCUUCCUUGUGCAUAUAGAUGUUUUUGAAGAGGUAUCUCUGAACUUCUUACCAGUUGGUCAUACGCAUGAGGAUGUUGAUCAGAUGUUCAGAUGUAUCAAUACAGCCAUUUCUUCCUGCGGCAAUAUCAAUACUCUGGAUGAAUUCAUGGAUAGACUAACGGACAAAGAUACAUUCUCGCCUAAGAUUGAAGUACAUAAUGUACAAAGUGUGUUCAACUGGCGUGACCACAUAAUUCCAUUCUUGCCUGUCAACUUCAGUGGCCAAUCCAAGCCACACCAGUUCCAAUUCAGGAAAGUAGAUGGGCAGGCAAGGAUGCGCUAUCGCCUGUGGGCUGAUGACCCGUGGAGACCUGAGGGACCAGGCAUGACAUGCCUUGAGGCUUUCCCAGAUUUAGCUGACGAACCAGCAGUGGUUGAACCCAGCACAGAGCGGAUGGAGCUGGACGAGGUCCGCAAAGGCGUCAAGGCUCUCGGGCCAAGACUGGUGUCCCGAGAUCACCAGUGGUGGAACCGCUACUUCCUAGCACUGGAAAAUCCUAACGUCAAUGACAAGGAAUGGCCGCUGCCCAAAAUCAGCCAAACGAUCGGCUUUUGGGAAAUUGAUGACGAUCUGACAGACGUACCGCAGCAUCUGUUGGAGAUCAGAUCCGGCCUCACACAACAAUGCCCAGCGGUCAUCAUUGGUAAUCAAGGACAAAUGCCGGCAAUUCAAGAGGUAGAUCGCACAAAAAUUGAGAUUGGUGAUCUGGCGGCAAUAUACGCCGUGGAAAAGGAGGGUAGACCAUGGAUCGCCAAGGUGAUUGAUAUUAAUGAGGACACGAUCAAGAUUCAUUGGUUCCAUGGGUCUUGGAAUGGAGUUUGCCGGCCAUGGUACAACAACAUCAGCAAAAAGCAAGUACCAUGGCUGGAUGAAGUUCAUGUGACGAGUGUUGUUCUGUGGGGGUUUAGAUUGACAGAGAAGGGUGCUUGUUUGACUAGGACUGUGGCCAGAGAGUUGAAAGACAGCUACGAUCAAAUAGAUAGUGAGGAGACAUCUUCCUCUCUUUCAUAAAUGACCAAACCACCCUGGCUAAUAAGGGUUGGUCCAUAAUUUUCAACAUUUUCACAAGCGCACAAUACGUACGGGGGAGGGAGGGGGUCAAAACACCAAUGUACACUUUCUUUAAGAAAUUAAUAAAAUGUUGAUCAUCUGUAUUGUACGAAUCGCGGGACGCAUUUAAAUUUCGCGCGCUUCUCACACGGUUAGCUCUGCUUGCUUCCUAUUCAACAAGACAAUGGCCGCACGUGGUGACUUUGAUGCGCUAUUUCGUCGUCCGUUAGCAGGGCACGUUUCGUAACUGUUAAAGCUAUUGAGAUGAAACAUUGGUACACAUGUAGCCUUAUGUAAUGACACCUUGGAGACCAAGUUUCGGUCCGAUUCGUUUCAUGGUUUGGCCACCAGGGGGCCAAACGUUAAAAGUGAAAAUAUGCAAUAUCUCCCUUAAUAGUAGUCGGGAAAUUUUGAAAAAAAUAUGGUAGGUACUUCUAGCAAAGGUGCAUCAUAUAUCCUCCGGGUUUUUGAUUUGACCUCCUUUUCAAGGUCACAGAGGUCAAAUGGUGUAAAUUGGUCGUUAGGAUGUAACGAUGGCACGUUUCUAAACUGCAAUGACUAUUGAUACCAAAUUUCGUACACAUUUACCCCUUAGUCAGGUGAUCUCAGGGACCGAAGUUUGAUCCAAUAUGAUUCACCACUUGACCACCAGGGGGCAAAAUCCAAAAACCUUAAAAAUGUGAUUAUUCCUUAACUUCUUGCCCGAUUGCCACCAAUUUGAUAUCAUGGGUAC